GCUUACGGGCCACAAUUGAUGCCGUACGGAUGCCGAUGCCGUAGUUAUUCGUGUUUGCUCCCCCAUCAACUGAGCGCGCCUCCCUCGAGUCCCAGCUUUGUGGCCCUCCUCCCCGCCGCCGCCGCCGCCGACGACGACGACAUGGCGAGGAUGGCCUCGCGAACCCUCCCUAUCUCCGUCAGAUCUCGUCUGUCUCUUUCUCCUCCGAUCUCCACGGCGAUCUGGUCGGGGCCGACGGGCGAAGCUUCCUCCUCGCGUUUUCUUUCUUCUCCGCUUCUUCUCUCCGGCACUCCCUAUGUUCCCUACAGGACAGUUUUCCAUCUAUCCUCUAGCUAUUCGCGCUCUAUGGUGGCUUCCCUCGGGUUCUCGGCGAACCUCCGAGGAUUUCGGAAGGUGAGACGCCCGCAAGCUGCGAUGAGGAAGCAGGUGCCGAAGGACAAACAGCUGCAGCUUGAUGUCAAUAUUAUUCUGGAAAAAGCAUUGCCCAAGGACCCUGAAGUUUUGAACAUUGCUGAAAUGUUAAAGCUGAAUGUUUCAAUGGCAAUGAAAAUUGCAUUCGAUGGUCUUAAGGAUUCAGAGUAUAAGACAAGGGACACCUCUAUAUGUGAUGUUGGCAAAUUUGAUAAGGUUGAACUUUCGGUAUUGCUUUGCAAUGAUGAAUUUAUCCAAAAUCUGAAUAAGGAAUGGAGGGGCAAGGACCAGGCGACAGAUGUUCUAUCAAUGUCUCAGCAUAUAGCUGAACUUGAUCUACCUGUUCUAAUCCUAGGUGAUAUAAUAAUAUCUGUUGAGACAGCUACAAAACAAGCGGAGGAGCGAGGUCAUACCCUUCUUGAUGAAAUACGAAUUCUCAUGGUUCAUGGUUUGCUGCAUCUUCUUGGGUUUGAUCAUGAACUUAGUGAUGAUGCUGAAAAAGAAAUGGAAAAUGAGGAGAGAUUGGUGUUGAAGAGUCUUGGAUGGAAAGGAAAAGGCCUAAUAAAGAGUGCAACAGAUGCUGCAGGAGAUCGAACCCUUCCCAAUGACAUCUUAGAGGUAAAUGUAGUAAAGGAUUCAAAGAAAGCAGGUAGCCUGAGAUUCUACAAACCCAAAUUCAGUUAUAUCUUUUGUGAUAUGGAUGGCACACUUCUAAACAGUAAAAGUCAAAUUACUGCAACUACUGCAGAGGCUAUACGGGAAGCAGUAUCCAGGGGAGUAAAAGUAGUUAUUGCUACUGGAAAGACUCGCCCUGCUGUCAUAAGUGCACUCAAGAUGGUUGAUUUGGCUGGGAAAAAUGGUGUUAUUUCUGAGUUUUCGCCUGGCAUAUUCUUACAGGGAUUGCUUGUUUACGGAAGACAAGGACGAGAAAUUUCUAGAAGUAAUCUUGACCUGGAUGUUUGCAGAGAGGCACUUUCAUAUUCUCUGGAGCAUGAAGUUCCUGUGAUAGCAUUUUGUCAGGAUCGUUGUCUCACAUUGUUUGACCAUCCUUUGGUUGAUUCACUCCAUACAGUAUAUCAUGAGCCAAAGGCAGAAAUUAUGCCUUCAGUUAAGCACCUUCUUGCAGCUGCUGAGAUACAGAAACUUCUUUUCUUUGAUACGACCGAGGGUAUUUCUCGUACUUUGCGGCCAUAUUGGGCAGAUGCGACAAAGGGCAGAGCAAAGGUUGUCCAAGCUCAACCUGAUAUGCUCGAGAUUGUACCUGCUGGAACCUCAAAGGGUGAUGGAGUAAAAAUACUGUUGAAUCACCUUGGUGUUAGUGAAAAAGAGAUAAUGGCUAUUGGUGAUGGUGAAAAUGAUAUCGAGAUGCUCCAGUUAGCAUCAUUGGGUAUUGCACUUGCCAAUGGAUCAGAAAAGGCUAAAGCUGUUGCCAAUGUGAUUGGAGCUAGCAAUGAUGAAGAUGGGGUGGCAAAGGCAAUUUAUGAAUACGCAUUCUGAUGUUCAAUUGCAGCAACAGAUGGCUGCUCUAGAGUUUACUUUUCAGGGAUAAUGCAAGAAAAAUGAAACUAAAGCAGAAACAAGGUUGCUUGGGUUCUACAAGUUACUAAAGUCGUAGAUCAUUGUUUUAAGCUGGUGCUCAACGCCAGUUCAACAUUGUAUUUUAGGCCAAUGUCAUUGUUUUCAGAUUCUGUAUUUAAUCCAUUGCAAUUUACGAAUUUGCAAUAAUGACGAUAAGGUUCAUAAUCCAACUUGAUGUUGCA